CAGUCCGAGACGUUUUCUCCCUCCCUCCCUCGCUCGCUUUCCCCCUGUCAGCUCCCUCCCCUUUCCCAUCAUCCUCGGGCGGGCGGUCAGGCCAAGAAGGUCUCCUCCCUCCCUCCCUCCGCCCUCCUCGAUCCGAAUUCCCGGCCCCUCCCCGCUCGAUCCCCGCCCCCGCCCCGGCCCUCCCCUCGCCGCGGGGCGCUCGCUCGGAGGGCUGGGGGUGCAGCCGGAGCCGAGGUGGGCGGCAAUGCCGGAGCCACCGGCGGGCCAGCGCUUCUCGGGCCUCCGCGGCGCGCGGUGGCGCGCCGAUCUAGGCGUCCUGCCCGGCUCCCCCGACGUCCCCACCACCGAGCUCCGCCGCGCCGCCGCCGACUCCCGCCGCAGAUACGCUAAUUUGCGGCGGCGGCUGCUGAUAGAUCCCCAUCUCUCCAAGGACGAAGACGGUGCUCCUAAUCUUGUUGUGGAGAACCCACUGUCACAGAACCCAGAAAGCACUUGGGGUCAAUAUUUCAGGAAUGCAGAACUAGAGAAAAUGCUGAACCAAGACCUGUCCCGACUCUAUCCUGAAUUGGGAGAAUUUUUCCAAACAACCACAUGUCAGUCCAUGCUUGAACGCAUACUGCUAGUAUGGAGCCUUAGAUACCCAGAGUUUGGAUAUAAACAAGGAAUGCAUGAACUCCUAGCUCCUCUGUUCUAUGUCCUUCACAUUGAUGUGCAGCACUUUAAACAAGUUAAGGAGCUUCAUGAAGAGCUUCUUGGUGACGAUUUUGAUGGCCAGACAUUUCCAGAUAGGUUUUUGCUGAACAGGAGUGACAGGGCUAACAAUUCUGAGGGUGGUGCAGCUAAAAUUAGAAGUUUGGACGAGCUUGAUGCUGAUACUAGGGACCUCCUCUUGAUAAAUGAUGCAUAUGGAGCAGAGGGUGAGCUAGGUAUCAUUUUAUCUGAAAAGUUCAUGGAGCAUGAUGCCUAUUGUAUGUUUGAGAAUUUGAUGAACGGGUUGAUGAAUGGUGCACAAGGUGUGGUUGCUAUUACCGAUUUCUAUUCUCUCAGUCCUGCAUCAGAAUCAAGCAUGGGUUUAACACCUGUAAGGGAGGCAUCAGCUGCCAUAUAUCACUUGCUUGCUAGUGUGGAUUCCUCUCUUCACAGUCAUCUUGUGGAGUUGGGAGUAGAACCUCAGUACUUUGCACUCCGAUGGCUUCGAGUCCUAUUUGGUCGUGAAUUUACACUCGACAAUCUUCUGUUUAUUUGGGAUGAAAUCUUCUCUUCUCCAAACCAUUCAUAUUGUACAGACAUAAAAAAUCGGGGAGACUAUCAGUUUAAGGUUUUAUGUUCUCCCCGUGGUGCCCUGAUUUUGUCAAUGGCAGUCUCAAUGAUGCUUCAUCUCAGAUCCUCCUUGCUGGGAAGUGAGCAUGCGACUUCUUGCCUGGUGAGAUUAUUAAAUUUUCCUCAAGAUAUUGACUUGAAGAACUUGAUUGAGAAGGCCAAGUUAUUGCAGUCGUUAGCUCUAGAAGCAAAUCUUCCGUUGUCUCCCCUGACAGGAAAAUCUCCCUUGACUCCACCCAAUUAUUGGGAAGAGACAUGGAAGAUGCUUCAGAUGUCAGGAGACAAACGAAGUGGUGGUUCAACUGUUAGGAUAAAAGGAAGGGGAUUUUUAAGAAGAAGCGUGUCCAACACCGAAUCAAAUGUUUCUAGAACAAAGGGUGCCAAUGUUGAUAACAGCAAUUCGACUUCAACUAGCCAGCCUGAGCCUAUUGUUGAUGAACUGAACACCACUGAUAUAGUUCCUGUCAAAUUGAUAAACAGUUUACCAACCAUGCCUAUAGUACACCAAAAGGAUUGUGUUGGUCAAGGUACUGCAGAGAUCGUUAGAAGUACCUCAAACAGUCUAUGUGAGGCAGGCCCGCAUGAUGGUUACCAUACAACUUCUGCCAAAAUUAGAGAUCGUAUUGAUGGAGCUCGUGAGUAUUUAUCAAGGAAUAGGCCUCCAUCCUUUCGGCGUCGUACUGAUCAUGACCAUGAUACCCGUCAUGAGGAAGAACCAUGUGUUUCCCAUGGCGCCAAGGUGGUUAAUGAGCCAGAUACACUGUCUGUGCAUAAUGAUAAGACUGAUGAACCCUGUCAGGGUGAUGGUAAGACUGAUGAAGCAGCAAUUACAGAUCGAACAUUUGAAUCGGUGGAUUAUCAACCAAAUCAAGAGCAUAGCAUAUGUUCUGACGUAGGCCCAAGUUUGAAGGUGGCUGAUAAGGAGUUGGUCGGAACAUUAAGGUCUUUUGGCGAAUCGAUGGUUGAAAAUAUUCAGGUUAUUGAACUACACUUUCGACCAAAUUUACCCACGGCAUCAGUGCAAAAUGGUCCCGGAAGCACAGAGCAAGCCAAGGCGCUUGUAGCCCUCGAGGAACUCAAGAAGAUCAGUGAUCUUUUAUGUCGUGUUUAACUAGUACAACGUCUAUCUGCUCUGGAUCUUAACUAGUACAGUAUAACUAUCUCUUUUGUACACAUUUAACUUUCAUUUGACAAGACCUCCAAAUCAAUUGUCUAGUGAUGCAGAAUACAUCUUUUCUAAGUAGUGUGUACAUGAUCCAGUAACCUGAUUAAAAACAUAAUUGUAUAGUUGAUCAAAUCUUGGCUGGCUGUAAAUAAUGGCUGUACAUUUGAUCAAAUCUUGGCUGGCUGUAAAUAAGUGGAGCUACAAUCAUUUUCUCUA